AUUGAUUAAUAAAAUCUUAAUUAAUUAAUUUCAAUUAAUCAACUCAUUUCGCAAAUAUAAUGUUGCGAUAAGUAAUAAAGCAAACUGCGAGUUGACCGAAGGAGGGAUCUAAAUGUAUAAUUUAAUUGUUCGAGUUAUAUAAUAUUCCUAUGAAUGGUCAUCACUUUGACAUAUUCGGCAACCGAUGGUGUUCGUGCGACACCUAAUUGAGCAUGCAAGGGUCCUGCCUAUGGAAAGUGAAACCGUUAGCUACCAACAUAGACGUAAUGCUUGCAACAGUAUGAACUAUAUAACGACAUGUAACACAUUCAUCGACACAUUUCAUCGUUGACACUCAACUGACAAAGUUGUGAUAUCAUAUCAAAAUGUCUUUCAUAAGAUUAGUCAUUUCCACGGUCGCCAUCAUAGCUAGCUGUCAAGCUAGCGGCAUCGGCCACUUAUUUCCUGCAAAGUCUUUAUCAGUAGUUCGGUAUGCUCCAUUCUACAACUUCCCGAAUGGAGUGAGGUCAAUACAUGCGGUGGCAGCUCCAGUGGCAGUUCCAGCGCCGGCUCCCGUGUUCCCCGCGCCAGCGCCAGUGUUCCGCGCCCCUGCGCCGUUGCUACCAGCCCCACCACCAGCAUUCCCAGCGCCUGCUCCAGUGUUCGCGGGACCCGCACCAGUGUUUCCAGCUCCAGCGCCUGUUUUCCCCGCACCUGCUCCAGCGCCCGUUUUCGGUGCACCAGCGCCGGUGUUCCCAGCCCCAGCGCCUGUUUUCCCUGCUCCAGCCCCAGUUUUUCCUGCCCCUGCGCCAGUUUUCCCCGCGCCUGUAUACCCAAGAAUAGCGCCAGCUUUCCCUGCGCCUGCGUUUGCUCGUGCCCUGCCAGUACUACCAUCAGCGCCAUUCUCUCCUAUCAUCAGGCCCGUAGGAGUUCCGCAGCCCGCUCCAUGGUUCGGACCUGCCUUAGCCCCGGCUGCUGUGCAAGUAGCUAAGGCUUACCCAGUGGGUGUUUCUCCCUACGGCCCAGUUCCAGUCGGUCCAGCACCCAUAUACAAACAGUUUGCGUGGAAAUGAUUCUAGUCUUUAUUUUUAAUUGUUGUUUAGUCUAAUUGUUAUUUAGUUGCUGAAGUCAUUUACUUUUUAUACGAUUUUUGUAAAUAAAUUAUUAAAAUUUA